AUGCAUUGUUCACGAGGUUUAUCAGUUCAUAGUCUGAAGUCUUUGGGUGAUAAGGUGAUUAUAGAGCAACUCUUCACGGUUAGAGAUUUUUCUGAAGGUAAGCAUUGUACACUUGAGGACAUUCUCUACGCUAUAGAAAGCUCAUUCGAACUUAUUGUACAUGAGAAGCAGGUUUUGAAAUUUGCGAUUGACACUCUAAAUAUAGCUUAUACACUGCUUGAAGACCUUUUUAUUCAGUUCAAAGAAGUUGCAAAAGUUGGUGAACUGUUGAACUUUGAAGCAUGUAUGGACAUGAUUGAUCUUCUUUACGAGAAGGAGGAAAUCUGUGUACUUCUAUGA